AUGCCGAGUGACAAAGCAAAAGCUCCAAAGAAGGGUGGAGAGGAUCCUGGAAUCCCGCCAGCUCCUUGUGAAGGGGAAAUUAGCCAUGAGCCACAGAGACAACGGUCGCUCAACGGGUGGCAAAAGGUUCUAAAUCCUGAAUUGGUUAAAGGGCCAUGGUCUAAAGAAGAAGACGAAAUCAUAGUUCAGAUGGUAAACAAAUAUGGGCCAAAGAAAUGGUCGGCCAUUGCUCAAGCUUUGCCUGGACGCAUAGGAAAGCAAUGCCGGGAACGGUGGCACAAUCAUCUUAACCCAGCCAUAAACAAGGAGGCAUGGACACAAGAAGAGGAGAUUACUCUUAUUCAUGCUCAUCGGAUCUAUGGAAAUAAAUGGGCUGAACUGACGAAAUUUUUACCUGGAAGUAAAGAAAAGGUUGAUUCGUACAUAUCUUCUGGCUUACUUUCAGAAGUCCCAUGCCUCCCUCUGAUUGAAUAUCCUGCACAAUGCGACUCUUUAUCGGCUAUGGACCAACAAAACAAUGGAGAUAGUGGUUGCAGUGCUCAGAACACUAGCAUGGCCUUGAGCUCUGAUUUACAAGUAAAUUUGGAUGCCAACAAGAGAGAAGCAAAAGACUCUCACUCGUCCUUGUGUCAAGGGGCAUGUUAUCCUUCCACAAAGGCUGUAGGAUCUGUUUUGCCUGAUGAGAACCACCAUGUUCCUUCAUCUUUUUCUCAAAGAAUGGACCUGCAGAUGGAUAUGGAUGAAGGAUCAGGAAAUUCUAUGUUUGCAGACGAUCAAACUCUUUGUAGCACAUCAAAUCAAGAAAAGUCUAUGGUGCCAUUUGUUGUUGCACAAGAAAUGCCUGUCUCUGUGCUAUCAAGUGUUUCUAGUGCUGAGCAGAAACUGCACUUAAUCUCUGAUGCUGAAAGUUUGAAAUCCGAACUUUGGAAAGAUGUUUCUUUGCAAACUCUUAUUUCAGGAGAUACAAUUGACCCUGAUGCUUCUUCAAGAUUAAAUCACCCAGAUGCUUCUAAAAUGGACACCAAUUUUUUGACACAGGCCUACACAUUAUACACAUCAAAUCCAUCCAGUGUGAUGGAAACUGUGUAUGAACCAAUGCCGUUGGAGACAAUCUCUCCUCUUUUAAAUGUUCAGAUGUCGACAGAUGCUGAAGAACCUGUGGCCACUACAGCAAAAGAACAGUUAUCGAAAGAUAUUGAGACUAUGCCAGAUGAAAAGAAGGGUGAGGGAGCUCUAUUCUAUGAACCUCCUCGAUUCCCUGGUUUGGAUGUCCCAUUUAUCAGUUGCGAUCUUGUAACUUCUGCUGAUCUGCAAGAAUUUAGUCCCCUUGGGAUUAGGCAGUGGAUGCGGUCGACCAUGAAUGUCCCCACUCCUUUAAGAUUAUGGGGCUCUCCAACACAUGAUGAAAGCCCAGAUUUGCUAAAGAGUGCUGCUGAAAGCUUCCCAUGCACACCAUCAAUAAUGAAGAAAAGACAGAGAGACAAGAAACUUGAGUUCUCUAAUAUUAACAAGGAAAACUCAGAUGGAGCAUCUGAACAGGCCAAAGAUCCACAAAAUGCAGGGAACAAACGACUUGUGGAGGAGCAACGUUCCUCACCAAAUGUUGCAAAUCCUAACACUGAUCUGCAAGACAAUAUACAACCUGUACGGAUUCUUGUUGAGCACAGCAGCAAUAACCUUGUUGCCGCUGAUCAUGGUGCAAAGCCAUCCUGUAAAGAAGUAAUUUGUUCAAAAUCAAAGCCCACGGAACUACUUGUUGAAAAAUCAUCACCAUGUAUCAACGCGGAUUACGAAUAUGUGAACUUAUUGGCUGAUACCCCAGGUGUCAAAAGAGGACUCGAAUCCCCAUCUGCAUGGAAGUCUCCUUGGUAUAUCGAUAUGCACAUGCACUUUCAGGGUUUUGUCAGCCCAGCAGACAGAACUUAUGACGCGUUAGGAUUAGUGAAGCAUUUAAGUAAGCACAGUGCUGCUGCUGCAGUGGAGGCCUGUGAGGUGCUAGCAAGUGGCGACAGGACUUCUGAUAAGGAAAACAAGGAUAAUACGGAUGGCAAGGAGCCAGUGACAAGAAAAUCACAGACUAAAAUCAUGCGUACAGUCUCAGCCCAGAAACUAGCUUCCAAAAGGCAGCAGUAUCAUUGA